AAAACACUUUUUUUUUUUCGCGAGUAGCACCCUUGCUCCCCGACAUCCACAGAUGACACCAACCACCGACCGCCGACGACGACCACCGACGUAAACCGACCUCUUUAACCGACUUUGUGCCUCCCAAAAUCUGAUCGAUCUUAUAAUUGGGGGUAGCUACUAGCGGUGGAGAUCCAUCAAUCUCUGGUAGCCCAAAUCGCGUAGAGCAAAGUUUCGAUCAAAGAUAUGGAGUGGACCGAGGAGCUUCAGGCCUUCAUGUACCCGCGCCCAUGCGGAGACAUGUUUCAGAUAACCAAAGAAGAUCUGAGAAUCUUCUCUCGGUUCCCUAGCUGCUCACUCUACAUCAUCGUCGUGUACAAUGUCGAAGACUUUCUCGUCGAGUGCGAUCCGAAGUCAAAGAAGAAUAUCAAGCCGUUGAAGCAACAGCCAGUAGCCCUCGCUUGAGAAAUUCAGAAUGAG